CAGAGAAAACCCGCGCGCACACACGCCCACCCCCCAAGCCCCCGCAGCCCCAAGCGGGCGGGCGCGCGCCAUGGGCGCCCUUUGGCUGCGGGAGCGAGUGGAGGAUGCUGGGAAGGAGGUAAAAUGGCCACCGGCAGCGGCGCGGAGGAGGAGAGGAAGCGGGCCCAGCCGCAGCUCCUACCCCCCGCACGGCCCGCGGCCCGGGGCGAGGAGGCCGAGGGCCCGCGCGAGAAGCUGGGCUGGGCCCAGGUGGUGAAGAACCUGGCCGAAAAGAAAGGCGACUUCCGCGAGCCGCGGCGGCGGGACGAAGAAGCCAGCGCGGGAAGUGGGCUGGGCGUCCCCGCGGCCUUGGCAACGCCGGCACUCGGCGAUUUCCCCCCGGCCGGCCGCGGGGACCCGAAGGGCCGUCGGAGAGAGCCGGCGGGCGAAGCGGUGGACUCUCGUAAGAAGAAAGGCACCGCCGAGCCGGGCCGGAGGAAGAAGGCCGAGGCAGCGGCGGCCAUGGCCAACCCCGCCAGACCCGGCGCGCCGGAGGACGCGGCCGAGCGGCCCCUGCAGGACGAGCAGGUGGCGGCAGCGGCGGCGACGGGCCCGGGUAAGGGUCGCUUCCUCGUGCGCAUCUGUUUCCAGGGUGACGAGGGCGCCUGCCCGACGCGGGACUUCGUGGUGGGCGCGCUCAUCCUGCGCUCCAUCGGCAUGGACCCGAGCGACAUCUACGCGGUCAUCCAGAUCCCCGGCAGCCGCGAGUUCGACGUGAGCUUCCGCUCCGCCGAGAAGCUGGCCCUGUUCCUCCGCGUGUACGAGGAGAAGCGCGAGCAGGAGGACUGCUGGGACAAUUUUGUGGUACUGGGGCGGAGCAAGUCCAGCCUGAAGACGCUCUUCAUCCUCUUCCGGAACGAGACUGUGGACGUGGAGGACAUCGUGACCUGGCUCAAGCGCCACUGCGACGUGCUGGCCGUGCCCGUGAAAGUGACCGACAGGUUUGGGAUCUGGACCGGGGAGUACAAGUGCGAGAUCGAGCUGCGCCAGGGGGAGGGUGGGGUCAGGCACCUGCCGGGCGCCUUCUUCCUGGGGGCCGAGCGGGGCUACAGCUGGUACAAGGGGCAGCCCAAGACGUGCUUUAAAUGUGGUUCCCGGACCCACAUGAGCGGCAGCUGCACGCAGGACAGGUGUUUCAGGUGCGGGGAAGAGGGGCACCUGAGCCCUUAUUGCCGGAAGGGCAUCGUGUGCAACCUCUGCGGCAAGCGAGGACACGCCUUUGCCCAGUGUCCCAAAGCAGUUCACAAUUCGGUGGCAGCUCAGCUAACCGGAGUGGCUGGGCACUGAACACCCGCCCCACCGGCCCGCACUCCUGCCUGCCUGCCAGCCAGGGUGAACACACAGCCAGCUUACCCCUCUUAAGUGCCAAAACUUUUUUUUAAACCAUUUUUUAUCGUUUUUGAAGGAGAUCUUUUUAAAACCUACCAGAGACAUCUGUCUAUGCCUUCUUGAACCGAGUUUACUCCAUUUCAGCCUGUUCUGAAUAGGUGGCUCUUCACCAGUAAGGACUACCCCUCCAGCACUGUAGAGUGCAGAACACGUCGCCUCUCCCUUUUUUAAUUUUUCGUUUUUAUAUUUGACUUUUUGGUUUGAUUUUUUUUUUUCCUUCGUAGUUUUUACUACCCACCCCUUCUUCCCAUACCUUGUCUUCUUCCCGGAUUUUCACCCAUUGGGCUGCCUUGCUUAUCUUCGCGCCCCAGCCCCAGCUCCAGGUGCGGGCCUGACACGUGGUAGGCACUCCAUCAGUGUUUGUUGAAUUGGAAGCAUUGUUGACUGUGGCUUCUGUCCGAGUGUCUACCUUUGCAGCUCUUCCCCGUCCCCCUUUAAUUUGCUGCUUCUAAUCUACGUGGUCUGAGAAUUUGUGAAACCAGUGUUGUUGGAAGUGUAUAUAAAUCCGAUGAAUAAGCUCUGAAUGGUGGCCACGGGCCUCUCUUAUGGCAUAAAAAUGCUUGGACUUUGUGACAGCUCUUCUUGUGGCUCAGAAGCCACUCUUCCUGGAAUCAUGGAAUCUAGAAUCUGUUCCUGCUGGUAAGGACCUUGAAAGGUGGUUUAUGCCAAUCUCUUGGUUUCCAGCAGAUGUAACAGACCCAGAGAGUUUAAAAGACUGGGUCAAGGUCACACAGCUGUCUGGUGCCAGAGCCAGUCCAUAGUAGAGUCCCCUGACCCCAAACCCGGUGCUCACCCCACUACCUCUCACACUUCACAACAAUUUCCUCAACACUUGAGGGCCCAGAAAGUCUGAUCCCUCCCCCUUAAGGAGCCCAGAGCAGUGCUGAGAAGUCAUGGGGGAGGCAGCAGAAAGAGAAGGUUCAGCAAGGGCUUCUGAACACUUGGGAGCCCAGGAAGGGCCCCUGGAAAAACUCCAGAGUGCAGUCACUGCUCCCUGGGGUACUGCAUCUGAAUUAAAUGUGCCAGGUCCUCUGGAGGCCCUCCCCUUCCCCAUUCACUGCUACCAGUGAGAAAUGAAGUGCCCCUGAGUAAAGAAGCCUAGCAAAGAUUUACAAAUUGUACCUUGACCUCUUAUCUAGCUAGGAGCCCUGAGGGAAGCACUGCUGGAGUCCUCCGACUCCCAGAGAAACGCGGUCUAACCUCGAAUUAUGUAUGAGCUGUUAACUCUAAAAUGUACUUGGGAAAUAGGCCAAGGGAGACGGCCUGGGUCAACCAAGUGUUAUCAAGUUCAAGUAGAAAAGACAGUACACUGCUUUUCUUUUAGUUUUUGUCUAUCCUUUGCUAUAUGUUUUUGCUAUUUCCUGUGGCUUAGAAUGUAAAAUUAU